UACAAAUUCUCGCUAGCGAGUUUUACAAAUUCUCGCUAGCGAGUUUAUCACAAUUCUCGCUAGCGAGUUUAACCAAUAAUUAUUUCUCGCUGGCGAGUUUGAGAAUUUCACCACUGUCCAUUUCAUCUACACUAAAUGGCGCUCAUCACCGAUGGCGGCCACUGCCCAAUACAGUGUGGGCGCACGUCUUUUGCCGCCAUUUUGCUGAAUGUGACAACCUCGGGCAGUGAACUCACCUCGCGUUCAUCAAUAUUUAUAUUUGCUUGUAGUAAUGAAUCCAAUCGUGCGACAAAUUCUAGAUAACAUCGACCAUUUAAGUCAACAACUUAGAGGUAACUCAGCUAGUUCCAUAUCAACAAACGGAAACGAAAGCGCAGUCCCAGGCAGAACUGGAGGAAACGUAUCCGGAAGCGAAGUAAACCGAGUGGCCGAUAGUGUCUCCAAUGAAGUCUCUCAAUUGUUUGGGACAAGAAGAGCAACAAGCAGUAACAAUAACUCAACAAGAGAAGGGGCAGGGAACAGUUCUAGUUCAGCUGUUGGAACUCCACGCUUUCAACUAGCCCAUAACUUUGGUCGCCGAAGAAAUUCUGGGAAAAAAAAGGAUAAACCCAUUGUAGGCCCGUUCUUAAAAGAUGUUGUUUUACUCAGUGGUCCACUUGAUGACAAAGUACCACGCCAAGGAACGAGAGUUUGGCUGAUGGAAAACAAGCAUAUAUUGUCUGGUGUACAGUUUCAAAAAGAAUGGGAUAACCACACAUUGCUAUCCUUUAUCAAGAGCUUAUUUCCUUCUAAACUGAUCGAAGUGGAUAUUGAAAUUCCGAUGCCAGUUCAUUUUAAACUGGUUCCACCUACUCUAGCUCCAGGUCAAGCAUUGACUGGGUACAUUGUCCAAAAGAUUUUUAAAGAUAAACCCAUAUAUGUCCGUCCUGCCACACAAAUUAUUCAACUGAGCCUGGACGAUUCGGAGCCUGAUUUAAAGAGAGAUAGACUUGAUGAUCAAGAGUUUGAGGAAUAUGCCAUGCAUUCAUCAUGGGGUGAUGACGCCCCUGCUGUUGAACCAGAAUCAUCAAGCGUAAUAUCAGAAAUUCCAAAUGAGGUGGAAGUGAUAGCUUCACACCCUAAACCAGAGGCUGAAUUGGAAGAAAUGGGAACACCUUCUAGCAGAGAAUGCUUGAGCUUGCAUGAUGCUGCUGCAUUUGAAGAAGUUAGCGAAAGUGCUGCAUUGUCUGUGCCUACACCAAGUAGCCCAAUAGUUGAAGUGAUAUGUGUUGAUGAAUCCUCUACUAUAGAUGAAGUUGCAAAAAAGUGCAUUGAUUAUUGCAAAAAGAGGAAGAUUGAAGAUCCUAUAGAAAUACUCAGAGUUCUCCAGCAGUUCAUCGUUACAGGUCGCCAACUGGACAUUCAAGAUCCUAGCGAUUGCUUGGAAGGCGAUACUAAUUACAUAUUGGUUAAUCGCCAGAAUGUCCUAGCUAGUGCAAUGGAAGAGAUUGAGCCAUUAAUGAAUCCAAGACUAACGCUUGAAGUGUGUUUCUAUGGAGAAGUUGCCGCUGACAUGGGUGGGCCACGACGAGAGUUUUUCCGCCUCUGUUUGCAAGAAAUUAAGAGUAGGUAUUUCGAUGAUGGCUUAAAAGAGCACCUGGCUAAUGAAUACACUACAGUUGGGCUCAUCAUGGCGCUGAGUAUUCUUCAAAAUGGCGCAGUACCAAGAUUCUUGUCCCCAAAUGACCUUCAAGACCUUUUCACCGCAGAAAAGCCUUCAACUUGUUUGGAAAACCUCCGCUGUGGUUUCGCUAAACUUGGUCUCCAUCAAAUUGGAAAAGCUCUGCCAACAUUUUUGUUUCUUCUUCACCCAUCGGAAGCAAAGCAUUUAUCAAGACGGAUGCUCCUUCAUAUUCUUUCGCCCAAGUUCUCUGAGGAGGGCUCAAAUGCCCGCACGGACGAGAACAUUGUCUAUCAGGCAUUCCUCAAGUAUGUACAAGCAACUGCAAGUGGCAGAAGAGGAUCAACUUCUCUCAACCACAUCCUACAAUUCGUGACUGGUGCAGAUGAAGAGCCUCCGCUUGGAUUUUGUCCGCCACCUAGUAUUAUAUUCGUAUCGGUGGACAAUGACAAUCUUUGGGAGUUUGUACCAACAGUCAAUUCAUGCGCAAACAUUUUGCGUUUGCCACGAUGCGUUUCAGGCAGAUAUCCACUACCUGAUGAAGAAAAAUUGUUUGAACUCUAUGACACCGCCUUUGCCAAUGCAUACUUUGGACGAAUGUAGGAAAGUGUUUGGAAAAUGCUUUGUUAUUUUAAACAGCGCUAUAGACAGAUAAGAUUGAUAUUUAUAAGCCUUUGCCUUGUUUGAAAAGGACACUUGUUGAAAUUUGUGAUUAUAACCAUUGGUUAGAAUCUUUGUUUUUUAGGUACGGUGAUUAUAAGUUUCUUUUGUGUGAAUUUAAAUUCCAUGUGAACAUGAAAGAAUAAGGUGUCUGGUAUUUGGUCAUACUGUUAGGGUCGAUAACUGU